UCAAACCAUAAUGAAAGUUGUUCUGCUUUUUGUUUUCUCUUCCUUUUUCAGAAUUACCACUACUAAAUGUUUCUUUUUUUCUUCAGCUUUGGUAAUAAAAAAUACUUGUUAUUUACUUAUGCCACGAAUUGGCAGGAAGAGGGGGUAAUUCAUGUUUCACAUUUACAUCCUGGUACUGUAGCUGGAAAGCAUUUUCUGCAUUUAUGUGCCGUUGUAUUAGUGAUAUUUUAUUUACUAAGAUUUUAAUGUGCUUUACCGAAAAAUUGAACAAAACACAUUAUUUGUCUUUAAAACUGAAAACAAAAAAAAAACAACAACAAAAAACUCUUUGUGGUUGUUUUGUGUGUGUGGAGAGCCAGGUCUCACUCCAAACUUGUCAAAAUCUGGCGCUUGGGCAGUUGUUGAUAACAGGAACAAUCAGACUUGAUGCUACAGAGGGGACCACCAUCACCCUGACAUGCCCUCAUGAUGUUGGAGGAUCACAUACCACAUGGAGCAGAGGCUCUGGUGAUAUACAACAAGAAAGAGGGUUUUAUGUUUCACCUAUAGAAAACACAUUGACUAUAACAAGCGUGCAGCUUGGUGACUCUGGACUUUACUACUGUGAUGGAAAACCUGCUGUGUAUCUGACUGUGAUCAAAGGUACCAAGACACCAACAACCUUAACCACUAGGCCUACGCCCAAAACAAGACAGAUUUCAGCAGCGACACCAUCAAAAGCUGCAGCACCUCCCCCUGCAACAACAACUGUACAAUCAACACCACCUGAGAACUUGAGAACCACAACUUCUACAGAUACGACUACAGCAAGGAAAAAGCGUCAGAACAGGAAACAUGGUGAAAAGGGCAAGAAGACAGGUAACAAGACAUCACCAACAACAACAACAACAACAACAACAACAGGAACAACAGGAACAUAUGAAUCUGCUUCUAAAGGCCAUCAACCAGUUCUUCGUUUGGUGUGUGGAGUAGUUUUCUCCUUUCUUGUUCUCGUCAUCAUCAUCAUCAUCAUCUUCAUCAUCUACUUCACUCAGAGACGCAGGCUGAAAAGACGAGGAAAUGAAGAAAGAUUUCACGUCUAUGACGAGAUACAGGAUGGAUUUUUGUUGCAGCCAACAAAUGGUGGAGGAAGCUUGGCAGAACCAACAGCCACAUACUGCAUGGCAGGUUUUUCAGCUGGAUCAAACCAAAAUGAUCCUACGUACUCAACCAUCCCAGAUCUUCCUCCAGUGCAGAAGAAGACCAACACAUCUCUGCAUAUAGAGUCCCCAUAUUCCUUGAUUGGCAACACUUUCACUGAUGAAAAAAAUAAAGGUUCAUCACAGCUCAGUGACAACAUGUAUUUUUUACUGGAGAAACCCAAAGCGCCUGGAAACAACAAGGACCAAUAUCUGUAGUUUGACCUCAAUAUUGUGCUAUUGUCACGUAAAAAGAAAAUAUAUUGUGAGAAAAAUGUUUAGCUCCCUGUUCUGGAAGUUGAGAUUAAAAUGGCUACUGACUUUUAACAUGUGUCCCGACUCUAGAAAUGCAGGAUUGGACCCAACUGCAGACAAAUCAGGCAGACAGGAUCAGUUCAGUGAUUUGCUGAAGGCAUGUGGCUUCCUGGCAGAUUCAGGUUCUUGGUCCAAGUCUAAGUCAGGUUCUGGUUCUGGUGGCUCCCAAGCAAAGUCAUGAAGGAACACGUCAACUCUGUCAAAUGAGCAACUGACUGGGGAAAAGAAGCUGGUAUAUGCUGCGGGUCUGAUUCGGGAAAGUGGCGACAGGUGAGCAGGUGAAUGAGAGUCAACUAACCGUGGGAAGGUCUUAGGACAUCUGGUGGACAGGUAUAGGACAGCAGGUGUGCAGAUUUAACGGAGAGGAUAUAGCCUUGGACCAUGGACAUAGAUAUCUAGAGUAAUGUGUCAGCUCAUUGCAGCAAUACGUCAAUGUUGCCACCAUGUUGGACUUGCGUGUAAAUAAAUGGGGAAGCUGUGGUUUUUCUCGAUAAAAACGCAAUAAUGUUGAAAUUCUCAAGCAAUUUCAAUCAGUUGCUUUUAUAUUCAUGGGGUUGUGAUUUAUGCAUGUAGAAAAACAAGGUUUUGUUUCCAGUUAAUUAGAAUCUCAAUAUUUAGGCUAUGAUAGAGUUGUGCAGGGAUUAUGUAUAUGUUUUUUUGUGGCAUUUUGGAUGACUGCAGAAAAUAAGCACCAUAAACAAAAGUUUAUAAUUGUUAGAAGUUGUUUUCAGGAAGAUAAUCUCCACAAAUAGACACAACUUUUAUGAUUAUUUAAGCGUAAUCGCAAAAAGUGUAAAGCUAACAGUAGGCUAUAAACAAACUAAGCCUACAUCGUCCCAUGACUUCAAUGUCGCCACCACAACAAGGCUGGAGGUUGUAGAAAAAAGGUUACACAACCUCAUGUUUAUCAAGCAUAGAUUUGACUUAUUUUCUUUGGUUAAUACUAAUCGGGGCCGUCAACAGAUAAUAGGUGUUUGUUUCUGGCUUCCAGCAUUAGCUAACACGCUAACAUCAGCCUUCAUUUUCGCAGGAUUGUGCCUGGAUAGAGAUGGUAACCAAUCUAAAUGCACAUUAUAUAACACAAACAAAAGACACAUUAUCUUGGAGUGGCCAAAAUGAGCAGAUGUGAAAGUUACUAUAUUGUAGAGUGCUUUUUCUGUAGGCCGACAUGGAGGUUAGCAUGGUACUGGUUCCCUUGUCAAUAAGCUGAUAGGAUAUUUCAACACAAUUUCACUCUGAAGUCGUUGAAUACCACUGCUCAGGCAGUGACUUCUGGCAUCAGACACUGACAAAAAAACCCAUCCUUUUACAUUGGCAUGUUGCAUGGCUGGUCAUCAUAAUGGUGUGACAGCGCCUGGCAGAGUCAGGGGGAAACAUGGCCAGCCAACCGCAUAAGUUAAGGGGGCGAAAGUCCAAGAAGGCAGGUGUUUGCUUCCCCUGUGAUUGUAAAGCCAAAUAAAUUCUUUUUUUUAAAAGCCCAACCACAUGCAUGUGCUGGCUAAAUGUCACCACCUGCAUUUGUUGUUGAAGGAAAAAGACAUCAAUUCGCAGUGUUUUACUGACGUAAUGCGUUCAUUUUCAAAGAGAACAUAUGCAAAUUGUACAAAUUGUAAAAACUGUACAUUUGUGAAAAUGGAAGUGUGUUUUGAAAACAGACAAUGCCGACUGAAGUUGACACGGUGUCCCAGAAUGUCAACAACCAACACACACAGGGUACCUUGCAGGUCAUACAUCGACAUAGAAGGUCCAUGACCAAACGUUGAUAUGUGACGAGGUCAGACUGAGAAUGUGUUGGAUUUUUCCAUUGGAUUUUGGAUUGCAGCUGAAAUUUUAUGGUAUUUACGUUACGUUUAGAAUCUUCACAAAUGAACACUUUUUAUGAUUUUUGAAGCCUAGAUGCAAUCGCAAAGAUACAUAAAGCCAUAAAUAAACUACAGUAUGCUCACAUGACCUAGUGGCAUAAUGAAGCUCUAAAGCUGUGAGUGGCACGGCGUGAUUUAGUCUCAUUUAGCCAUUUGUUAGCAACUGACUUUUUAUGCCCUAGAGCAAAGGGUGAAAGUCUGUUAAGUUUGAGUUAACCUCAGACUUAUUUCAGGCAUCUACCCAAAAACCCAUUCAAGAAACCCACUGACUUUGAGAGAAGGGAACCGUGAGUAGUACAAUGCUAACUGAUUUUUGGGUUUCAGGACUGAGUCCUGGCAUACUAUGUUCUGUUAGGAUCAAAGAGUUGAUUAGCAGACAGCGUUAGCAAGCAAGUCAAAAAGUUUUCUACUUCCACAUUAAAAAUUAUUCCUAUUAUAGAGGGAUGCCUACUAAUAAUCCAAUCCAAUUUGAUGCGUUUACAUGCACUUCAAUAAUGUGAUAAUCAGAAAAACCUGGUUUAUAUGAUUCAGUCCUUCAGUUGGAAUUCUCCCCAAGUACAUGACGUAAAACUCAAACUUCCUGUUACAGUAGGUACUCAUAUCCUUGAAAAACCUCGAAAAGUACGCAAGUCAUAUAUUUGCAAAAUAAAGCACUCAUCAUGCUGACAGCUUAUAUUCUUACAAUAGCCUACUGUUUGUUUUUAUCAUUAACAAAUACAUGUGAGAACAUUCUAAUGUGUAGUUUAUCAAUGUGGAGCCAAUUUUACAUACUCUGGGUAGAUUGAUUCGUAGUAAAAGUACUGCAAAGUGCAAUAUACAAGUGUGUUGUAUAUAAACUUGUCACACAAAGUGCAUAACAUUAAGUAAGAUAAAAUAAAAGUGACAAUUUCAACACUGAGAAUAUAAAAAUAUAUUAUUUUAUGUAAAAUCUUUAUCUGAAAAGAAACAAAAGCUGUCAGGUUAAUGUAGUGGAGUAGAAAGUACAAUAUUUCCCUCUAAAAUGUAGUGGAAUGGGAGUAUAAAACAGCAAAACCCGAAAGAAACCAGACUAAAGAGUAUACAUGCACCGAAUAAUCAGACUAUUGGGGAAAAAGCUAGAUGUGUUUAUCUGAUUUCUCAUAAUCAGAUAAUGGCUUUUAUCUGAUAAAGCCUAUCGGAUUAUGCUGUUUACAUGACCACUUGAGUAAUCAGGUAACUCCAGAAAUCAGAUAAUGAUUGGUUUAUUAGUGUGCAUGUAAACAUGCUCAAUGUGUCACAUUACAGUACAUCUGUGGUGUGUAGAUGAAAUGCUCGUAAAAUCAUAUUUUUUUUGUUUUGAUUAAUAAAAAAGACACCUGAAUUCUCAUUUUUUGUUCUUGUUUAAAUCUUUCUGUAAAUGUAUUCAAUAUGAUUUCUUUUGUCAAAAAGACCACCUGAAUAUUUUUGUAACAUUUUUUUUAUUUCAUGUGAACAUUAUU